UGCUGUACUAUUCUCAGCAAAUUUUGGAGCAGAUUAAAAAAAACAAGAUGAUUCGCUUGUUUUCCGGGUGAACAGCCGGUGAAUUAUCGCGUAUGAGAUUCUAAAUGUGAGAGUGGACAUGGACGAGGAGAAUUCUAAUCUCCUGAGACUCGUAAAAAUGGUCUGUCCUUCCGCGGAGGAGCUCAGUGUCAUUGUAAACAACGUCAAGUGUAUUCAAUGUGGAUCGAUGUUCAAGAACGAACCGCGGUUACGACUGCACGAUUUGAAGGUUCACCAGAGGAAGAAUCUCGAUAAAACAGUGAAGGAGUGCGUCAGGUACCACUGCCCUGAGCCCUCGUGUGUGUAUUCGCCGGAGUCUGCGAGGUAUUUCAGUACUAUGAAGUAUCUGAAGCAGCAUUAUCUCAAAGUCCACGCAGCCAAGAGGUACCCCUGCACCCAGUGCGACAAAUCUUUCUCAACAGAGGCUGCAGCAAUAGCUCACACGAGGGUGUGUGGACUAGAGUUCACCUGCACUUGUUUGAAGAAUUUUAAUUCUUAUGAGGCUCUCCUCACUCACGCGAAACGACAGUCGCAUUCUGUUGACGAGAAAUAUAAAAAUAUAGUCAAACGUCAGGCCCCAAAGCCCUCGCCCAUCCCCACAAUCCACCUCGUCCCAGUUCUCAAAAAGCCCAUCUCAAUCCUGCCAUACACGCCCCCCCAGCCCCUGGAGUCCCCCCUCCCGAGCACCUCCAACGCGGAGACCCAGACGGACGACCUCCUCCGUCGAGUCCGCAGGACCCUGACCCCCUCGAAGUCCAGCAGACGUCGAGAGUCUCGCCAGACCCAGACCCACGUCCUCUCCAAAGACAGAAAGACCCGGAAAACCGUCGAGACCCAGACGACUCCCAGCAUUCGUGAGUCCUCCAAGAAGUCGUCGUCAGGGAAAAAGUCGAGACGAAAUCUCCACGUGAAGAACGACUUCACAAAUGUGAACUUGUUCCCGAACAGUCCUCUGAACCUCCAGCACGACGUGGCCAUCCAGGACUUCUGGGAGGAGCGGAACACCCUGGGGACGCAGACGAGUCCUGGGAAGAACCUGUUGGACGUCUUCAACGACAGCGUCACCCAGACGACCUUCUACCACGAAAACCCAGCGAUGGAGAAUGUCUUCAAGGACAGGAUCUCCUCGGCAGGUGCGUCGUACUCGAGGCUUUUUUAUCCCUCGACGAGCCGAUUGUCCCGAUCAGACCCGAUGCUGAUGGAGGAGACCUUCGGCGAUCGGUUCAGCAGCAUUGAGACGCAGACUGAGAAGCCCUACCCCCAGUCCAUCUUCGAUGCUGACACUGGGAAUUUGCUGAGCUCGUCCAACACUGAGACACAGACGACAGAGCAUUUCGAUAAUAUCGAGCAGCUUCUGUACAGCAACAUGUGCACGCAGACCUGCAAUGAUAUCCUGUCGUCGGAGCUGGGGCUGUCGGAUAUUCAGACGCAGACUGCCUGGCCCGAGCUGGAGGUCGCGGGGGGCCAGAAGGGGGACGACGAGGGCGAGGGGGAGAAGGGGGAUAUUUCGAUGAAUGGGUGCCGGUGGCUGAAUAUACAGACCAGUCACACGGAGACGCAGACGGAUCUGCUCAGUAUUUUUGAUGAGCUGCAGUAGCUUCAGGGGUGAGAUUUUUUUUUAGGGGUUUUUGUUUUUUUAUGGGCUGAUUUUUUGUUUGAGGGGCGGACGGAGUGCUGGUAAAAUGGGAAAAUUUAGGUUUAAAUUGUUUUAGGGGAGGCUGGGGUAAAAUGGACACUUCUUACUUUUUUUCAAAUGCUAAUAACUUAUUGAAUUGUUGAUGAAAUGAAGUAAUUUUUUUUUUCAACAAAGAGGACAAUUCUUCCUUCUUAUGAUAAGUCUAGACUAAGCUCAAUUGGGGAAUAUAUUUAUGAGUUAUGAAUAUUUUUUAAAAAGUCAAGUGUCCAUUUUACCCCACCCUCCCCUAAACGGCUCAUGACCCAUUUUUGGAUGGAAUAUAAUGAGCUCUGACUGAACUCAAUUGAUGACUUUAGUAUUGAGUUGGAUGUAUUUUAUGGAAAAUGGAAAUGUCCAUCGGGGAAGUUAUUUCAACCUCAUCAGAGACUUUCGAAUUUUAAAACUGAGAUCAAAUGAAAAGCUGCCAUUUCAUUCUGUUGAAUUACUAAUUGAA